AAGGCCAAGUACGGCAUCUACGACGAAGACGUCUAUAACUUUGACGAAGCUGGCUUUAUGAUAGGCAAGAUCACGACUCAGCUUGUCGUAACAGCGUCAGAGAGAAGAGGCCGGCCAAAGGCAGUUGAGCCAGGCAAUCGCGAGUGGGUAACGCUGAUCGCAGCGAUUAACGCAGCUGGC